CGUAUCAGCUGAGAGGAAACAGACAGAAAGAGAACACACAUCGAGAGAGAGCGAGAGUGAGAGGGGUAGGAGAGCGAGAAAGGAGGGGCCUGAAAGUAGAUAGAGGAAGAGAGGAGAGGGUGAGGAAGAGAAGGAAUGGGAGGAGAGGAAAGGGGGAAUGCCAGCAUGUGAGGUGGCUUUUGUAUUCAAGAUAUUUUGGAGGGGCGCGAAUGAGAGAAAAGCAGAGGGCAAGGGGGGGAGCUCAAGAGAGAAAAGGAGAGGGAGGGAAAGAACAAGACGGGUGGGGGGUGAGAGCUGCUGAUGGGUUUUUGAUUUGUGUAUGUGUGUGACUGAGGGUGGAGAGAGGUAGGCAGGAAGAAAACAAAAUACGGAGAGAGAGACACACAGAGCUAGUGCAGCCCAUUGGGCAUCCUGACAAAACAAGCGGAGAACAACUUGACUAUUCUCCAUCUUUCACAACACCAACUAUUCAGGAGGAAGGAAGCAAAGAGACACAACAAACCGGAGAGUCAAGAGAAAGAGAGAAGGCAGUCUGACCCAGUGGAAAUAGAAACACAGAGGAGGAGGAGGAGAGAGAAAAGGCAACAGAGUCACCCAUCCAGCCACCAGGCGAAAUAGAGGAAGGAAAGAGAGACAAAGAGUGAGACAGUGAGCUAAACUCCAUCUCUCUGAGAGGGGAUUCUGGGUGGAAUGACCCUGUCAUGAUGCCACAGCCAUGCUGCACCCCACGUUUAGGUGACCAAGGAGGGCGUGCCUGGCUAUUGGCCAAUCACAGGGGGAGCCCCAGUAGAGUUACUUUCGAUUCUGGUGUAGAAACAUUUCCUCUCAAGAGCCUUGUGCAUUACUGACACUCCGCCCCCCCUGGUUAUAGCUCCUGUGCCCACCUCCUUUACUCCUACUUCCUCUGGAGUCAAUACUGUUUUCUGAUUACCUAUCUGGGGAUGUUGGCAUUGUUUCGUGGCAUCUGCCAUGGAGUUAGACAGGUUCCUUUAGUAGGCCAUUGUAGACACAACUUCCAGAUGUUGUGCCAGAUGCAGCUUGUCCACACGGGCAGAAUUAUACAAGGACGGGCACAGAGGUGCUGUGCGGCUCAGCUUCCUGUUUCACACUGUUUGAUAAUAUCACAGCAGGAACUAUAGGACUUCCUAUUCCUGUGGAACAUCUUACUCUGCCUCCUGGCACUUGUGAGGACCUACUUGACCUGUUGCACAAAAGUUAGUCAAGACUCUUAUCCUCCAGCAUAAAAACCAUGCGGCACAUUCACGUGGAAUUAGCCCACAAAAAGGCUCCAUUAGAGCUUCCAGCCCAGGAGGGGGACCUGCCUCCACCUACAGCCCCAACACAGGGCCUAGACCCUGGGGUCAGACCAGGGGCGCCUAGACACUUUGGUCAGGAGGAGUUGCGGCUCCAAAAGGUCUACCAGCUCUCCAUUUUCUCCCAGCUGGGGGGAUUUUCUACCUCCACUGAAUCCCACACUGAUGCCCAACAGAGGCCUGUCCGCUUAGGCGUAAAAAGGGGGCUAGAGGAGCCCCAGUUGAUCCAUAAGCGUCCUCACCUAGGAGACUCUUCAGACAGGGAGGCACUGGAGGGAGGAGUGCUUUGUGGGCCAGCCCCAGCUCAAGGUGUUGGGAUGGGGUUAACGAUGGGCCCUGGUGGGCCUGGUCCUGUAUAUUCUUGCACACAGAUGGAGCACAGAGACUCUGAGGGGGGGCUCUCGCCCAGGUCUCCACCCCUCUCCCCAAGUCACAACCCCUCCCGACGCCCAACUCAGCACAAUCACGAUAAGCCCAUUCCUGAUGUAUUUGCUCCACUCUCACCUAAAUCACCCCCAAUGUGUGACCCACAUGGCCAUCUCUGUGAUCAGGGCCUCUCCCUCGGAAGCUCAGCCAGGACUGAAACUCCUAACGGGGGUCGCACACCCACCUACUCACUAGGUAGCCCUGGAAAUGAGAGCUGCACUAAUGGCUCAUCUGGAGGCCAGCCCAGCCCCCACUUAUAUGAAAUGUCCACAUAUGAGACUCCCAACCCUGCCAGUCCCACCAGCCCUCCAGGUCCUUUCUCCCCCCCACACCACACAGAGCUGCAGGAACCAGGGGAGGCCACCGAAUGGGAAGUUGGACUUGAAUCCUCCCCACCCGAGCGAAGUGCCACCCAGGCCGCUUCUUCCUCCUCCAAUGGCCUGGCUUCCUGGGAGAAAACACCCAGCAGUAACGGCCACCGUCUAUCCUCUGGAGGCCACUGGCCAGCCAAAAAGAGGCUGCUGUCCCCAAGCGAUACAGGGGAGUCAUGUUCGGAAGAUGAGGGACCCUCCACAUCCAAGAGAAGCAGGCUGUCACUGCUGGCUCCAGGACUUGGCCCUGCCUCAUGCCGCAGCACUGAUGCUAAAGCUGCCCCUUACUGGAACCACCUGCUGCCCUCUGCAUGGGACCGGCCUAAGACUGCCACAGACUGCACAAGAUCAGGGAGACGACUAAAAAGUGGGCUGCGGUUGAAAAGUCGGCAGCUGCGCAGCGGCAGACACACAGACACCGGCCGAUCCACACGUUCCAGCUGGCCCUCAUCUUCCAUCAGCAGAUCACUACUCGGCAACUUUGAGGAGUCCAUACUGAAGGGACGAUUCUCUCCGUCUGGUCAGAUUGAAGGCUUCACAGCGGAAAUUGGUGCCAGUGGCUCCUAUUGCCCACAGCACGUCACCCUGCCUGUGCAGGUGACAUACUAUGACAUCUCAGAGCACAGCGCGCCCUCACCUUUCCUGGGUGUGAUUUCCCUUGAGCCUCUUGGAAAGAAAGGAUACAGCAUACCCAAAGCAGGGACCAUUCAAGUGACCUUAUUUAAUCCCAACAAAACUGUGGUGAAGAUGUUCCUGGUGACUUACAACUUUGGCGACAUGCCUGUCAAUCACAUGACCUUCCUGCGCCACCGUAUCUUCCUGGUGCCUGUAGAGGAGGGGGUUGAGGGGAAAGGCGAGGCGUCUCCAGGGGGAGGAGCGCAAGACAGGAAGAAGAUUCUCUGCUACCUGAUACAUCUCAGAUUCCAGAGCUCCAAGUCUGGGAAGAUCUACUUGCACAACGAUAUCCGGCUGCUAUUCUCCCGCAAAUCCAUCGAAGUGGACACGGGGAUCCCUUAUGAGCUGAAAUCUUUCACCGAGGUGCCACGAAACCCCAAAUACUCCCCCCGCGUGUGACCCCAGACCCUUUGACCCUCCCCAAUGCCAACGCAGCCCCUCCUGUGCUUCCUAAAGAGGAGGGAGGGAAAAUGACAGACUUCUAGAAUGAUGGACAGAAAACUUGAUAAGACUGAAACAUGCCACAUGUACACAUAUGACACAUUGUUGGUCGUUGGAAAAGCCCCACUUUUAAUGCAUUUAUUCUCCA